AUGGCGCUGGGCACGGGGGGGCUCAAGUCCAGCGUCUCCGGCUUCGGCUCCGACCAGUUCGACGAGACCGACCCCGGCGAGCUCGGCCGCAUGGCGCGCUUCUUCAGCUGGCUCUUCUUCUUCAUGAUGUCGGGCGGCGAUCUUGGAGCCAUCGCCGGCGUGCACGUUGACGGACGUGGAGGAGGUGAAGCAGGUGCUGCCCAGAUGACCACCUUCUCCGUCGCCCAGGCGCAGGCCAUGGACCGCCGCCUUGGAUCCUCCUUCCAGGUCCCCGCCGGCUCCCUCACCGUCUUCCUCGUCGCCUCCAUACUCCUCGCCGUCCCAGUCUACGACCGCCUCGCCGUGCCGCUCGCCGGCCGCCUCACCGCCAACCCGCAUGGCCUCUCCCCGCUCCAGCGCAUCUCCGUCGGCCUCCUCUUCUCCACCCUCGCCAUGGCCGCCGCCGCGCUCACCGAGCGCCACCGCCGGGACGCAUCACUCGCCGGCGCCACGCCCUCCGUCUUCCUGCUCGUGCCGCAGUUCUUCCUCGUCGGCGCCGGCGAGGCCUUCACCUACAUCGGCCAGCUCGACUUCUUCCUGCGCGAGUGCCCCAGGGGCAUGAAGACCAUGAGCACCGGCCUCUUCCUCAGCACCCUCUCGCUCGGCUGCUUCCUCAGCACCGCGAUCGUCACCGCCGUCCACGCCGUCACCACCUCCGCCGGACGCCGCCCGUGGCUCACCGAGGACCUCGACAAGGGCAGCCUCCACCGCUUCUACUGGCUGCUCGCCGCCAUCGGCGCAGCCAACCUGCUCGCCUUCGUCGCCGUCGCCAGAGGAUACGUCUACAAGCAGGAGAAGCUCGCCGACGAUGACGUCGCCGUCCACGCGUGACGGCUGACUGAGAUCAGCACUAGUAGCUAGGCACACCCAGAAUGGAAGCUACCUGCAUCUGCAUCAUUAUCUUUGCGAGCGAGCGAGGUUAAGGCACCUCCCAUCCAUCGCAUCAAUAAAAAAGCGUUUUCACCUUCAGUUAGUUUUACCUGUAUCCAAGCAUUGCAUGACAGCAUAUGAAGCAUGCCCAGCAGAAAUAUCCUCAUGAUUUCAGCGUUAGAAUGACACAAUCAUUCGAAGCUAUUAGCUUCAGUUACUAAUAUACUCCCUCUGUUCCAAAUUGUAGGUCGUUUUAGUUAUUAUGUCAUCUAGAUAUAAUGUAGGUGACUGAAAAUGUAGACGAACCAAUUCCAAUUAGAGAAAACAAACAUUCAAAAAACAUCAUAUAAGAAAAUUCUUAAUUCAGUCGAACAUGCACAUGAAAAUGGCGAAGAAAGAAAUAUGUUGCAUUGUCUCCAGUUGCAACUUGUCAGCGUAAGCCUUAUCGUACUCACCAUUCUCUAGAUGCCGCUGAUCUGGUUUGAGCCUAAACAAUUUACAGUUUCGUGCUUUAGGAGUGGAGCUAAGAGAAAAAAUAACAAUGAUGGAAGAGCAUAUGCCAGUUCUACCGGAGUCAGCUCGAUCGUUUAGAGUUACUGCAAAUGAUGACAAAUUAUAUCGAGUGGGAUUUCAUUCUUCUGCCACAACAGAGUGGCUGGCACCUGCAUUCAGGCCUGAUGUACUGCAGUUUGCUUGCAAGGCAUCAUUAGUGUUGCAACCUUGGCACCAUUAAUAUCCUUAACGAAUCCUUGAACCUUGCAUACAGCUAUAUCUUAGUAAGAUCCAUGCAAAUGUUUCGCAAGGAGAUGUAUGGCUGCACUAUCUGAAUGUCAUUUUACCUGGCGAGGAUUGCGUUCAAGGAACGACUGCUGUUUGAAUGUGAGCUUGCAUGAAUAUCCUCUGUUCCCACUUGUAUCCAUGGUCAUUGCAUGUGAAGAAACAUGGUGGCAAUUUAUACUGGAAAUGUGUGAAUGUAUUUCGCAGUCUGCUAGUCGUGACAUUAACAACAGGGUAAGCUAUAAUUACCUUACUCCACCAUCGAAUUCUAGCGUUAACACACCAACAGGAUCCAGCUGGAUUGUCUGCCCCCAGAAUUUGCUCUUUACAUUGCUGUCUCCCCAAAAUUUCCAACAUUUUCCUUCACAAUGACAAGCCAUGACCAUUAGAUGGUGACUAACCUGGUGCCAGAAAUAGAGUAACAUGAAUACAUGACUGGCUCCAGGAAUAGUUUGUAACCCAAGGUCUAAUACCAGAAACAGUUGACAAGAAACAGAGAGCGCUACUUCGGUUCUCGUUGAAUUAAAUCGCUUCCAUGAUUUAUUUUUUUAAACUGAAAUGCAUUCAGAAACUAAUCAAUGCUUUGUGUGCUUGUUUUGAGCAUGUCCUAGUUAUCACACAAACUGUACGCUACAUAAUUCAGUUAAUAUUGCCAGUUCAUUACUUUGCACCAUGAGACCACGCAUAACUCUUAUGGUUUAACAUAAACAAGAAAAGAGGGCUGACUUUUGAAUUUUGAUUAGUUCCUACAAGA